AUGAACCAAUUUUUGAUAGGAGCAAUCUUAUUACCUCCAAUAAUCCUUGAGAUAAUGGGGGGAGGGGAGUGCGGCUCUACAUCCGCUAAAGCUUUUUUCAAAUUCUUGAAUAGGAGAGCAGGAUGGGAGAUGAUGGUUGAUGAAGUCUUAUUCCAUAUUUUUGUAUUCUAUUUUAAGAUUGAUAUUGGUCAACUAUUUGGCUUAUUGAUGCUACACUUUACUCUUAAAAGUCUAUUCCUGUCAUUUACUGUUCUUUUGGGGUGUCAUUCAGUCUCAUAUGGGCUGCCUGUGAUUAGCUUUCCACGUCGUAAAAGAUGA